CGAAGGUUGAAGGGUUCCAUCAAAAGGGCCAAAAGUCAGCCAAAAUUGGACCGGACGAGCAGCUUCCGACAAAUGAUUUUACCUCGAUUUCGAAGUGCAGACCAAGAGAGGACGCGCCUGAUGCAGAGCUUCAAAGAAUCCCACUCCCACGAGUCCUUACUUUCUCCUAGUAGUGCUGCAGAAGCUUUGGACCUAGUUUUGGAUGAAGAUGCCAUAAUAAAGCCUGUCCAUUCCAGCAUUUUAGGGCAAGAAUACUGCUUUGAGGUGACCACCAGUUCAGGGACAAAAUGUUUUGCAUGCCGUUCGGCGUCAGAGAGGGACAAAUGGAUUGAAAAUCUGCAGCGAGCUGUCAAACCUAACAAGGAUAACAGCAGAAGGGUGGACAAUGUGCUUAAGUUGUGGAUCAUUGAGGCCCGAGACCUUCCCGCGAAGAAACGUUACUAUUGUGAGCUGUGUCUGGAUGACAUGCUCUAUGCACGCACCACCAGCAAGCCCCGCACAGACACGGUCUUCUGGGGAGAGCAUUUCGAAUUCAACAAUUUGCCUACCAUUCGUAGCCUUCGUUUGCACCUCUACAAAGAAACUGACAAAAAAAGACGUAAGGAAAAAAGCACAUACCUUGGCCUAGUUAGCAUCCCCAUCUCUAGCAUCACGGGCAGGCAGUUUGUGGAGCAGUGGUAUCCGGUGAUACAGUCCAGCGUUUUGGCCAAAAGCGGCGGUGUCGGAAGCGGCAAAGUCAUCAAUGCCUCACUUCGUGUCAAGUCUCGCUACCAGACAAUGAGUAUCCUCCCGAUGGAGCUGUACAAGGAGUUUGCUGAGUACAUUACCAAUAACUACCGAACACUGUGUGCAGUUCUGGAGCCGCUGCUGAGUGUCAAAAGCAAAGAGGAGGUGGCUUUCGCCCUGGUGCACAUCCUGCAAAGCACAGGGAAAACCAAGGAGUUCCUAUCUGACAUGGCAAUGUGUGAGGUGGAUCGAUUCAUGGACCGUGAGCAUUUGAUCUUUCGGGAGAACACCCUCGCUACCAAGGCUGUGGAAGAGUACCUCAAAUUGAUAGGUCACAGAUACCUCAAAGAUGCUAUAGGUGACUUCAUUCGAGCCUUAUACGAGUCUGAGGAGAACUGUGAGGUGGAUCCCAUGCGCAUCCCACCGUCAGUCCUGGCUGACCAUCAGGCCAAUCUGCGCAUGUGUUGUGAGCUGGCGCUCUGCAAGAUAAUCAACUCUCUUUGCAUCUUUCCCCGGGAGCUGAAGGAAGUCUUUGCCUCGUGGAGAGCCAGAUGUGCUGAACGUGGAAGGGAGGAUCUUGCCGACAGCCUCAUCAGCUCCUCCUUCUUCCUCCGCUUCAUGUGCCCCGCCAUCAUGUCCCCCUCCCUCUUCAACCUAACGCAGGAGUACCCCGCCGAGCGCACCUCCCGCACACUCACACUCAUUGCCAAGGUGAUCCAGAACCUGGCCAGCUUCAGCAAGUUUGGCCCCAAGGAGGAAUACAUGUAUUUCAUGAAUGAGUUCUUGGAGAUGGAAUGGGGCUCCAUGCAGCAGUUCCUGUACGAGAUCUCCAACAUGGAGACGGGAGGAAACGUCGGGGGGUUUGAGGGCUACAUCGACCUCGGCAGAGAGCUGUCGAUGCUCCACAGUUUGCUGUGGGAGGUCAUGGGCCAACUCAGCAAGGAUGCAAUUCUUAAACUCGGGCCUCUGCCACGGCUGCUGAACGACAUCAGCGUCGCCCUGAGGAACCCUCAGCUCCACAUGCCAGCGAAUCACCAGCCAGACCGACCGAAGGACAGACUUUUCUCCCGGCCAUCGUUCAAUCGCAUGAUGUCCUCUGAUUUCCAAAGCCUUAUGAUGCGCGAUUUAAACAGUUCAAUAGACAUUUCCCGCCUUCCCUCCCCGACAACUGGAGUAUCAGCUGUGGAAGCCCUCUCAUCUCAUCUCAACAUGAGGCGCCACGCAGAACGAGACCUCCGCUCAUCGAGGGAAGUCUUCUACGUGACCCGCCCACCCUUGGCUCGAUCCAGCCCCGCGUACUGCACAAGCAGCUCCGACAUCACUGAACCCGAUCCAAAGGUCCACAGUGUGAAUAAAAGUGUAUCCAUGAUGGAUCUUCAGGACUCCCGUAUGAACAGCAUUUCCAACCUAAACUCUGUGGGAGACAUGCUCACCUCCUCUCAAGCCUCUAUUGCUGGCCUGGGCCACAGUUUUGGAAACCUCGGUGGUCCGCUUCGUAUGGGAGGGCAUAUGCCCACAGGCUCAGGGGGCUCCGGUUUGAGGCUGAGCCAGAUGGGCCAUAUAGGGGGGCCCACUGAGUCUCUCUCUCAACAGCAGCAGCAGGCAGCAGCGGCCAUGCAUUUCCCCCUGUCUUUCCAGAACCCUCUAUUCCAUCUGGCUGCCCAGAACUCCCCAUCUCAAUCUCAGCAACCUCCCCCUCCCCUCCUGCUCGCCCCAGAGCCUGAAAAUGGCCACCAUGACUAUCAACCAGCCUUUGGCAACAGCGCUUUCUCCCGCAGCGAGGACUUGUCUGCCCUGCGGGCACAGAGCAGUCUGGUGCAGCCCAGCAUUGUCCACUCACACAGCUACAGUGAUGAUUUCACCCGACAGAAUCAGAGCAACGACUACGCCUGGCACCAGCUGUCACUGCAGGUGCAGGACUCUCUCCAGCAGCAGCUCCUAAUGGGUAUAACACCUCAGACAGCCACCGGGACAGGCACCCCCGCUUCUUUGGCCACGCCUCCCACUACUGUCCAUCCUGUUCGCCAGACAUCCAUCGCCCCACCGCACCUCAAGUCGCAGCGCUCCAUCAACACUCCAGUGACAGCCACCCCUCCAAAGGCUCGUCCCCAGAGCAGGAACAUCCUCCUCGAAUCUCCAGACACAAAUUUCGGCGGCAGUCAGCCAAUAUCACGUAAAUCUCAACAGACACAACAACAACCACAACAGCAGCAACAUCAGCAGCAGCAACAACAACAGCAACAGGAGCAGCCGCAGGAGACACAACUGUCUGUCACAGACAGUCCUGCUCCUGGGCUCCCCUACCAGACAAGCUCUGUCAGAGAAAACCAGGGCCCGCCAGAAGCUGCAGAGGAGUUGACAGACACACCUUCAAAAAGCACCAAGAAGCCUCAACAGUCACAGCUGAAGCCUCCACAGCAGCAUCUGCUCAAGCCAGUUGUCAACAAACAGGGUUCUCAGUCUACCUUGAACACCCCUACCCUCAAUGAACGGACAGUAGCGUGGGUGUCCAACAUGCCACAUCUCUCUGCUGACAUCGAGAGCCUGCGGCCUGACAGAGAGGGCCAGCUGAAGGAGUACUCCAAGAGCAUGGAUGAAUCACGACUGGAGAGGGUGCGGGAGUAUGAGGAGGAAAUACAUUCCCUGAAGGAGCGGCUGAAGAUGUCUCACCGCAAGCUGGAAGAAUAUGAGCAGAGGCUCCUCACACAGGAACAGCAGACAAACAAGAUCCUGCAGCAGUAUCAGAGCCGCCUGGAUGACAGCGAGCGCCGUCUAAAGCAGCAGCAAAUUGAGAAGGACAGUCAAAUCAAAGGCAUAAUCAACAGACUCAUGGCUGUGGAAGAUGAGCUGAGAGGGGGUGCCAUUCCUGAAAUUAAGCCUCGAAUCCUCACAGACCAGUCUAUCUAUGGUGGGCACCCAGGAUCCUGACUGCUAGAAGACCGGGUGUGGUUCAUGGUGGUCUGAGUUGAAGAAGACUGAUUUUGAUGUUCCUACAAACCCAAUUAAGAGAAGCUCCGCAGUGAAUCCUGUCUAGAUUUCCCCAGAAACCAACAGGAUUAUCGGAAGGUUUUUUUUUUUAUUAUUAUUUCUUAUUUUUUUCUUUUCUCACAACAUUCUUACAAACUUUGCACAUAUUCCAACUUUGCCUGUACCAGAACUGACAAUCAGUUUAAUGUGUGGAGCAAUGUGUGCAGUGCAUUGUCUACUCUGCACAUAUUGACUUAAAUAUAAGCCAGUGCCACAACAACGGCAAUAUUGAACCUAAUGAGUUUCUUUAUUUAAACAGAAGUAAGAAGAAAUGAAUAAAUCAUUGGAGAGGAAAGGUGGAUUCAUGAUUCCCCCGCUACAGGCAACACAUAUGAUUCUCACUUUAAGUGGCUGGAGGCGAAAUGUAGAAUAGGCUUUUACAAGUGCAGUAACCCCCCUGGCGAUGCCUACGACAAGCAGCAAGCAUGUUGUCAAAUCCUGUUCUGUUUAACUCGCUCACACACAAUGCCCAAGUAAAG